UAGAAAGAUAUUAUUUUAUAACUUAUGAUGAUCUGUACUCAGCACGACAGUAUGCACUACUAUUCGGCAACAGCUGAACCAUGGCGCACACAAGUUUGAAUCAGUAUUUACAACAGGUUGAAAAUGGGAUCAGAAGAAGGGAUGGCAGUCUUCUUGCAGACCAUCUGUCUUUCAAACAUCCUCACAUCGCCAAUCCCAGACUGCAUCUGGAGAGCCCAGAGGAGCAGUGUGAACAAUGGUUUGAACCCCCCUACGAUGAAAUGGUAGCUGCCCAUCUAAAGUGCUGCUGGUGUGUGGCUAACAAUGACUUCAUUGAAGCAUACUCGCUCCAAAAAGUGGUCGUUCAAGCAUUCAACAAAGCUUUCCAGGGCCAAAAAGAUGAAAACUGGGCUUUACCGGUUUUGUAUGUUGUCAUAGUAGACCUCAGAUUAUUUGCCAACAGUGCUGAGACUCAGUUGAUGAGGAAAGGAAAAGGAAAACCUGGUGAAUUGUUAGAGAAAGCUGCUGAUACUAUGAUGGCCUGCUUUAGAACAUGUGCUGCUGAUGGACGAGCAUCACUGGACGAUACCAAGCGAUGGGGUAUGCUGUAUCUGGUCAACCAACUCUUCAAGGUCUACUUCAAGAUCAACAAGCUUCCACUGUGCAAACCUCUCAUCCGGGCCAUAGAGGGCUCAUCGCUCAAAGACCGUUUCAGUAUCUCGCAGCUGGUCACCUACAAGUACUACGUCGGCAGGAAAGAAAUGUUUGAGAGUGAUUUCACCGCAGCUGAGGAGCACUUAUCGUUUGCAUUCCAGCGAUGCCAUCAUUCCAGCCGGCAGAACAAACGUCUCAUCCUCAUCUACCUGCUACCUGUCAAGAUGUUGCUGGGUCACAUGCCAAAGACGUCUCUUCUGGAGAAGUACGAUCUGAUGCAGUUUGCCGACAUCGCCAAGGCAACAAAGACGGGUGACCUCCGACUCCUGACGAGCGCCAUGAGCAAGAACGAGGCGUUCUUCAUCAAGUGCGGUGUCUACCUCAUCAUCGAGAAACUACAGACUAUCACGUAUAGGAACCUCUUCAAAAAAGUACAACUAAUGCUGAACACGCAUCAGGUUCCCAUCGAUGCCUUUGAAACAGCUCUAAAGUUUACAGGACUGGAAGACGUGGACAAAGAGGAGGUGGAAUGCAUCCUAGCAAACCUCAUCUACAAGAACUACAUCAAAGGUUACCUUUCCCAUCAACACCAGAAGCUUGUGGUCAGCAAACAGAAACCCUUCCCUCUACUCUCCUCGUUCCUCUCGUAGAACUUCUUUGUAGGUCUAGAUGUGGGCCACAUUGUUCCAAGACUCCAUAGACUAUCAUGUAUGAAAGCUAAUCAGAGAGGCAAGAACUGCUUUGUUGGUUUAGGUCCUGUUCACUUUGAUCCAGGACUUCCAACUCUUUUCAUGUGUGAAAGAUUGUCAGAAGUUUUCAGAACUGCUUAUUAGUUCUAGGACUUGUUCACUUUGGUCCAGGACUUCUAACUAAGCAUUUCAUGUAUGAAGGAUAGUCAGAAGUUUUUGGAACUGCUAAUUAGUUCUAGGACCUGGCUACCUUGUUCCAGAAAUCAGAGAGGCAAGAACUGCUUUGUGGGUCUAGGUCCUGUUCAUUUUGGUCCAGGACUUCAAACUAAGCUUUUCACGUAUGGAAGAUAGUCAGAACUUUUAGAAUUGCUUAUUAGUACUAGGACCUGGCCACCCUGUUCCAGGACUAUUGAGACUCAUGGAUGAAAGAGAGUGUGCAUAGAGAUGCAUGAUUAUGUACUAAAUUGUAGGCCUAGGUCCUGAUCAGAUUGGUUAAAAGGACGGCUCAGGUUUUCAGGAAUCAACCGUAGUCAAAGAUGCUUCACUGAAACCUACUACAGUGAAACCUGUCUGUAAAGGCCACCCAAGGGAGACAAGAAAAGUG